AUGCACGUACCAAUGAGGACGUCUAUUGUUUCCUAUUUGGUGUUUGUGCUACUGGAGUGCUGCUGGAAAGCGGAGUCUGGGCAGCUCUCCUACUCCGUGUUAGAGGAAGUGGAUCCGGGGACUUCUGUAGGAAUUAUCGCAAAGGAUCUAAACCUCAACCUUCAAGAUCUGGAAUCCCGUAUGUUUAAGAUUGUUUCUGGAUCAAAACGAAAAUAUUUUGAGGUAAAUGUAAAGACUGGUGCUCUCUACGUUAAUGAGCGAAUAGACAGAGAGGAGCUCUGUGCGAAGUCGCCAAAAUGCACAGUCAGUGUAGAAGCAGUGAUAAAUAAUCCACUGAAGCUCUACCGCAUCGAAAUAAAUAUACUAGACGUUAAUGAUAACGACCCGUUAUUCACGGAAAAAUCUCAGAUUGUGGACAUUGCAGAGAAUACUUUGCCUGGAAUGAAAUUCGCUUUGUCAGAGGCCAUCGAUGCAGAUGUAGGUAAGAAUACGGUUAAUGCGUUUAAAUUAACACCAAAUGACUAUUUUUCUCUCGCUACAGUAAAAGGAGGAGAAAGCGUGUCUGCCGAGUUAGUUUUACAGAAAACGUUGGAUCGAGAGAAGCAGCCUGUGAUACAUCUCACUGUGACUGCUGUAGAUGGAGGGACUCCACCGAGAUCUGGCACGUCACAGGUCAUCAUUCACGUUUUAGACAUAAACGACAACCCUCCCGUGUUUAGCAGUCCCUUGUACAAAACUCGUAUCCAUGAAAAUACACCAAUUGGGGCAACAGUGACAACAUUGAAUGCAACCGACGCAGACGAGGGGAUAAAUGGUGAGAUAUUGUAUUCCUUAAGAAGUAAAGGACAGGAUCGCAUAUUAGAGAUUUUUCAUAUUGAUCCCAUAACGGGUGCAAUAAUGGUUAAAGCUAAUGUUGAUUAUGAAGAAUAUACAGCGUUCGAAAUACGCGCAGAAGCGAACGAUAAAGCUCAGCCACCGAUGUCAGCUCACUGUAAAGUGUUGGUAGAAGUUAUUGAUGUAAAUGACAAUGCUCCUGAAAUCACUGUGACAUCACUGUUCAAUACUGUAAAGGAGGACGCUGAGGCAGGCACUGCAAUUGCGCUUGUAUCCGUUCUAGACAGUGAUGGCGGUAGAAAUGGUGACGUGAAAUGCAAAAUCUUAAAUCAGGUUCCCUUUAAACUGGAGACAAACUAUAGAAAUUACUAUUCUUUAGUUGUUGACGGGGCUCUAGACAGAGAACUUACCUCCAACUACAACGUUACAAUCUCAGCUAGUGAUGAUGGGACUCCUCCCCUCUCGAACACUACUGUUGUUACCAUUCACGUUUCUGAUGUAAAUGAUAACCCGCCUCGUUUCUCUGAACCUGUGGUUAAUGUUUACGUGAAAGAAAACAGUAAAGUUGGGGAAAUAAUUAAAACGGUAUCUGCAUCUGAUGCUGACAUUGACUUGAAUGGCCAGGUGAGAUAUGCAUUUUUACACAACAGCAACUUAGUGUCAGUUUCCACGAUGGUAAACAUCAACUCAGAAACUGGAGAUAUAAUCAGCCUGCAGUCUUUCAACUAUGAGGAGUUAAAAACCUUUCAGUUCAAAGUUCAGGCCACAGACUCUGGUGUUCCUCCGCUCAGCAGCAACGUGACUGUCAACGUUUUAAUCCUGGAUGAAAAUGACAAUAAUCCAACGAUUCUCGCGCCAUAUUCUGAGCACGGCUCCGUCAACAGUGAGAGCAUCCCAUAUUCUGCUGAAGCAGGAUACUUUGUGGCAAAGAUCAGGGCUGUAGACGCAGACUCUGGAUACAAUGCGCUGCUCUCUUAUCACCUGUCUGAGCCCAAAGGAAACAACCUCUUCCGGAUCGGAACCAGCACCGGAGAAAUCAGGACUAAGAGGAGAAUGAGUGACAAUGACCUGAAAACUCACCCCUUGCUGGUCUUGGUUUCUGAUAACGGAGAACCCUCCCUCUCAGCUACUGUGUCUAUUGACGUGGUGGUGGUCGAAAGCACAGCUGACAUCCACACUCAGUUCAGACAUGUGCCCAUAAAGGAGGACAGCUUCUCUGAUUUAAACCUGUAUCUGCUGAUCGCCAUUGUGUCGGUCUCACUCAUCUUUCUGCUCAGCCUCAUCAGUUUAAUAGCUGUCAAAUGCCACAGGACAGACGGCACCUUCAGCAGGUACAGCGCCCCAAUGAUCACCACCCACCCUGACGGGAGCUGGUCUUACUCCAAAUCUACUCAGCAGUAUGACGUGUGUUUCAGCUCAGACACGCUGAAGAGUGACGUAGUGGUUUUCCCCGCACCGUUUCCGCCUGUAGACGCAGAGCUGAUCAGUAUAAAUGGAGGAGACACUUUUACCAGAACUCAGACUCUGCCUAAUAAAGAAAAGGUAAGAUCCAUAAAGAAUGAACACUAUCAAUCAGUUUUUUGGCACAUGCGUGGCUUCAUGUAUCUCUGGUGA